AUGUGGUCUAUUAGUUUCUUUGCUGUAACUCUACUUGUUUUAUGGAUUGUUCAUUGGGUUUACAGAUGGAGUAACCCUAAAUGCAAUGGUAUUCUCCCACCAGGUUCAAUGGGUUUCCCACUUAUUGGGGAGAGCCUUCAGUAUUUCACCCCUACUGCAUCAAUUGAUAUUCAACCCUUUAUCAAAAAGAGGAUGGAUAGGUAUGGAGCAUUGUUCAAAACUAGUCUAGUUGGUAGGCCUGUUGUGAUAUCAACUGAUCCUGAAAUCAAUCAAUUUAUCUUCCAACAAGAAGGAAAGUUAUUCCAAAUUUGGUAUAUGGAUAGUUUUACUGAGAUAUUUGGGGAAGAAAGUCUGAUUUCUGUUCAUGGUUUUGUCCAUAAGUAUCUCAGGAGUUUGAUUUUUACUAUAUUUGGUCCUGAAAACUUGAAAGAAAAACUUCUUCCUGAAGUGGAACAGAAGACACUUAAACAUCUCAAGUUGUGGUCAAGCCAAGAUAGUACAGAGUUGAAAUAUGCUAUUUCAACUAUGAUAUUUGAAUUAGCUGCUAAGAAGCUGAUUAGUUAUGAUGAAGAGAUCUCCUCAAAAAAGCUAUUAGACAGUUUUAUGAUUUUCAUAAGAGGUUUAAUUUCCUUUCCUUUGAAUGUUCCUGGUACUACCUACUACAAAUGCAUACAGGGACAGAAGAAGAUUAUGAAAGUGCUUAAAGAGAUGUUAGAUGAGAGGGUUGCAUCACCAGAGAAGAAACAUGGAGAUUUCUUUGAUAUUGUGAUCAGAGAGUUAAAGAAAGAAGGGUCUAUCCUUAAUGAAAGGAUUUCUCUACAUUUACUCUUCUCUCUUUUAUUUGCUAGUUAUGAGACAACAUCUGAGGUUUUAGCAUUUGGCAUGAAGAUGCUUCAAGAAAACCCUCAUGUCUUAGAAGAAUUAACGAAAGAACACGAGGCGAUUAUAACAAACCGAAAAAAUAAAGAAAGUGGAAUCACAUGGAAAGAAUAUAAAUCUAUGACAUUUACAUUCUUGGUCAUCAAUGAAAUGGUUAGGCUUGCAAAUAUUGUUCCAGGGAUUUUUAGAAAAGUAAUGGCUGAUGUAGAGAUAAAUGGAUACAUGAUUCCAGCAGGCUGGGCAGUUAUGGUCUGUCCCACAGUUAUUCAUCUGAACCCGGAAAAGUAUGAUGAUCCCCUUGCCUUCAAUCCGUGGCGAUGGGAGCAAACGGAAGUGAAUGCUAGGUCUUCAAAUUUCAUAGCUUUCGGUGGUGGUCCGAGAUUUUGUGCUGGAGCAGAAUUUGCCAAGGUGCAGAUGGCCAUCUUUCUUCAUUACUUGGUCACCGGUUACAGGUGGAAGACAAUUAAAGGAGGUGAUCCCAUUCGAUGUCCAGGUUUAGUGUUUCCAAAUGGUUUCUACUGCAAAAUAUCAGAAAAGCAAAGGCAAACAGCAGCUCUUAAGGCUGAGUGAGGCCUUUCUCAGGCUUCUGUCUAU